AAACAUUUCAAGUGCCCUGGAAAACUCAAGAAAUUUGUCAAGAAUUAGUAUCAACCUUGACUUAUUACCUGGGUAGCUAGCAAUGGCCACUAUGGAGAAAGAAUUACGUGAACGGGCUCGCGAUGUCCUUAAAAACCGAGUACAUCCUCGUGAAGAUGUCACUGCCGUGAAACAGAAUUUGGCUCGCGAUCUCGCCCAGAGUUUAGGAGCUGAGCAGCUCAGCAGCCCCUUAUCGCUUGUUGACUUAGAUACUACCGUCACCCCAACUGAGGCAUUGCAGGGCAACUAUCGAGAAUAUAUCGAAGCAGUUCAGAAGAAUAUCAACAUCCGUUCUGAAUUUGCUCAGCUGCAGGAAGAACAUGAUGCAGCUACUGCUUUGCUCUCAUCUCCAGCCGAGGAAGAUCAACAAGCUCGACUUCUUGAACUUCAGCUUGAAAUCAACUCCCUGGAACAGGAGCACGAGAGACUCACUAUAGCUGACAAGUACCUGGAGGAGCUCGAUCAGCAGCCCGCAGCAGCACCUGAUUUUCUUGAUUCCGAUCUCAUGUACAAGGAAUGUACACCCCUUCCUGAACUUCCCAAGGAGCUCAUGGACGGCUUUACCCAGGAUAGAGAAGGGCCAAACCGCGAGAUCCAAGAACUGCUUUCGCGCCUCCAGAAGGCAAUGUUACGCAACAAACUACUAGCUCAGCGAGAAAAGCAAAAUUUCGAAAAGCUGAAGACUAAAACUCCGAUUGAACCUGGUAGUCUAUCCCCGGAGAUACAAUUGCAUGCACUCAAUGCUGUUAAAGAUAGUCUCAUCAACUGGAUUGAGGGCAUGCUAUCUAAAGCCGGCGGUGACGAGGACGAGCCAAGCAUUCUCGAGUCCCCAAGCAAGCCACGCCAAGGAGAAUCCGAGAAAUUCGAUCGCGAUGCACAUAUGGCCGAGAUACAGAAGGAAUAUCAAACCCAUAUCGAUCUCCGUAAAGAGAUAUUAAUCUCGAUGGCUCAAUUAAAGCAACUAAAAUUUGAGUCGCCGAAGAAACAAGACCAGCAGCCAGAACAUGAACCUGAGAUGGCUCCGCCGAGCAGCGCAAAACCCGAAGCGUUCCUGCUCAUGCCAUACCUCGAGAAACUGCAAGCCAUCUCGCGCGAGCAGAAGGGUCUAAUCCAAGAAAAAUCGCACAUCAACACAGCGCUCACACGGCAACAGCAAGACCUCAACAAGCUACUGAACCACCUAGUAGAUGAAAGCUAUCUACUCCAAACAUUCCCCGCCAACACACCUAACAAGCAAUUAAGCUUUGGCGAAGCUACUAAAGGAGUAAACAAAUCCAACGUAACGAGCCAAGUUGAGCCCUGGAUAUCUGCGGCGAAUUCAGCCCAGAUUGCCAUGCUCGAGGCCGUAUUUGAGAAGGUCGAAGAGGGUCAGGUAGCUGCUGAAGAUGCUAUGGAGGCUUUGGAUCAAGUUCGAAAGCUCCUCAACAAAGAAGAGGCCGAACCAGAGGAGCCUCAUGGGGAUCAGGAUAAUGCUGAGCCGGAUAUGUGGGUGGAAGACGACGAAAAUGGUAGAACUCGUGUUAGGAAGAAUAGGGAAAAGAAGGUAGAAAAGCAAAAAGGAGAAAGCAUCUAUGCAAAAUUAGAUGGCAAUCUUGGAUUGAUCAACGAGUAAAGGGCUGUGGUCAUUUUUCUACAGCUAAUUUUUUGGGGCUUUGCCUUCUAAGUACGAAGAACCCUUACUUAGUUGCUACAAUAUGACAGAAUAACCCUCCUAAUGAUCUUCAUAA